AUGGAACAACGACAACAAUAUAUUCCACCUCCGCCUCCACUAUCGCAACCCAACCAGUCUCAUAUAAUCCCUCUACCUCCCCCACCCCCAAGGCCAUCGACGCAACAGCAUGGUCUAAUUCCUCCUCCUCCACCCGGACCGCCGCCUCAAUCGGCUUACCCAGGGUCGAAUCAAUGGCCAGGAUGGCGCACACAGAACUUCCCCCCUCCGCCACCUCCUCCUCCCGUGCCUCAUCCGUCCCUGAUGCCGGCGAACCAAGCCUAUCUUCGUCAACAACCCACGCCGUUGUCCAUACCGAUACUUGCGCCGCCAUCUGAGGGGCAACCGCUCACUUCUGCCACUUACAUACCAUCGAGCGAGACUUUUGGGCCAGGGGUAGGCAUCCCGCCGCUCUAUGAGAAUUAUGGACACUCUGUAGCUACAGAGCGGCCACGUCCAAGUGCCACCACAUGGGAUAGCGCGUCUUCGGAUACUUCAUAUAGAAGAGAUGGUAGCAUUCCUCCCACUCCAUCUCGAAAUUUGCCUCCUUCUCUUGUACUUGGAAAUGUCAACCACAACAACAUGUCUCCGGGACCAGCCACAGCGACAUUACAGAAUCCUGGCACCGAACCAGUGCGGACCUCAAGCCACAAGCAUAAUGCCAGCGGUACAUCAUUUGGCGGUGUGUCCGCUGGAGAUGCGGCGGUCCAGUGGCCUCUUGAAAGGGUGGUUAGCUGGCUUGCGAGGAAUGGCUUUUCCAAGGAUUGGCAGGAGACUUUCAAAUCGCUAGAGCUUCAAGGUGCAGACUUCCUGGAGCUUGGCCAAGGCUCGAAUGGCCGCGGCAAUUUGGGUAAAAUGCACCAAGUUGUCUAUCCUCAACUAGCAAAGGAGUGCCAAAAGAGCGGGAUCGGUUGGGACCAAGCUCGAGAACGUGACGAAGGCAAAAGGAUGCGGAAACUGAUCCGCCAGAUACACGAUGAUGGGAGUGACGUGGCCACGCUGACAGACCGCCGACGGGAGUCACAGACACUUCCUAGUGCUUCUACUGAUGGUGGUGUAGAGAACUCUCCUAACUUGGCCUGGGAUUCGCCGUUUCCGCCAUUUGCGCCUACGACGAUGGAAAAUACUUACAGUCACCCUGCUCACCGUCCACCUCCCCCUCAGGUCAACAAGCAGAAUGUUCAAGCCCGCCCCGUUACAGCCCCAUCAGCGCAAAAACAUGACGUUACUGACAGUGACCUGGCUGUAAACCAACGGUCGGAAUACUCCAGAAGCGCACUUUCUAAUUUAGAUGAACAUCGAAGGCAAAGUCCUUCUACUAGCGAUGGCGGCAUGUUUCCAGCGCCGUCGCUCAAAGCUUACGAAGAUAGUCCCCAAAGUGGAAGUCCGGCAGCCCAGCAUGCCACCCAUGUUCAGUCGGGAUUAACCUCAUCUUCAACUGGAGACCUGACCUCCAGGUUUGAACAUCACCGAGGAAAUAGCACUGAAUCACUCACUGGGCGUGGAAAUUCCACUGUCCCUCGGUUUUACGAAAACCGAAAGCAGGCACAUGAUAAUACACGUCUAACACCCCAAGAUACUGGCAAGGAUCCCGGAAAAGGCUUCUUUCAAUUUUUCAAGAAGAAACCCCGCUAUCACGAUUCGAAUCCAUCGCCAGAAGAUCAGCUUCUGGAUUCACCCACAAGCCCUUCAUUUAUGCGCCACAAUGGCUUGAACAGCCCUUUUAACAAGUCAUCCUUUAAUAAUAGCGAUUUGUCGCUAGGCGAGCGUCCCUUAUCCUCAUCCUUCUCUGACUACGAGAGAAGCACAGCUCGACUGAAAUCUGCAAAGCAAAGAUACGUGAUGGCCACUUUAGAUGGCUGGAACUAUCGCCUGGUGGAUGUUACAGAUGCUGAAACAGCGGAGAGUCUACGAACAGUAAUCUGCCAAAAUCUAGGUAUCGCUGAUUGGCACAACGCCCAAAUUGCAGUCACAGAGCCAGGACAAAUGGAGCAUGAAGAUUUUCUCGACGACUCGGUGCUGAUUCUUAGCCGUCGCGCGCGAGCGGAUCCCUUAGGAUCUCUCAAGUUUUAUGUGCGCUGCAAUCCAUCUGUAGAUUCCACUGGCUUGGGCGUAUCCUUCCCUGAUAAGGUCGCAUCCUCUCCUAUUUCAGCCCAUUACCAAGUGCAUAGAAAGCCUUUGGAAGACGACGGUGUCCAUCGUGGCACUCCACAUACCCAAGGAGCGUCCGGCUCGCCUCCUUUAGCUCACCAUCUUACAGCGAAAACGAGCUCUGACCAGUCAUCACCAUCUCUGCAUGAAAGUACAUUUGGCAACACUAGCUCUGGCGGUGAUUCAGCAUCGCGACAUGAACUCGAUGUUGACCGGAAACAGCGUACUUUCUCUAGGUCGAAGCAACCCUCGGAAUUACAGCUUCACAAGGAGAAUUAUAGUGAGAACGGGUAUCGAAGCAAGGGUGUCAUCGAUUUUGACCAACGGCGGAUUUCUCCAUACGAGGAUAAACGGCAUGAGGGGCUUGUUCCUCAACGAAAGCCCCCAUCUGCGCCCUCUGAGUCGAAUACGCUCACCAAAGUCAACUCACUUAGUAAGAGAAGUACUGAUCGUCCUCGCUUGCAGACAAGGAUUCAGCAUCAAUCACCUAAAUAUACAUUAAUUCAAGAGGAAGAAUCACCAGAAACAAGGCUGGCUCCUGUUAUUACUGGCACGAGUAGAGCUACCGAUCCUUCAUAUACAAAUUCUGAGCAAUCACAUGUAUCCAUGUCCGGAACUGUUACGUCUUCCUCCACAUCAUCGCAGUCUACCAUCACUGAUACCACCUCUAAUACCGUGCGAAGAAAUCCAUCGACGGCCUCGUUCAGGCCACCACCACUACAAAGUCGCAAAUCGUUUGGUCCAGAGUAUGACUUUGAAGAAGCCAAUGUCACAUUCAAUGCACCUCGAACACCUCAAAUGGAACCCGAAGAAUCAGAGGAAGAUUCCGAUGAUGGGUUGUUCGCAGUUCCUCUUUCAACUAAAAAGGAUACACAAUCUAAGGGCAAGGGACUUAGUUCAGAGGUUACGCCUCUAAAGUCCCAGAAGCCUUCUCUUACAGUUAACACUUCGACAAGAUCGACUAAGGGCUUGUCGGUUAGUUUCAAGUCGCCCAACACCAGUGAUGAGAGAUCUGCUGGUCCUUCGUACCCCAGCUCAGCAGUUAUGCCGGCAGAUUUGCGCUCAGUAUAUGAGAAAAGCGGCGCACCCUUCACGGAUGAUCUAUCAUCACCGGAGGAUGAACGACAUGAUCGCAGAGACUCGUUUGCGAGAGAUGACAUCUGGGCCAGUCGACCUCCUGUUGAAGGCGUCAUUAAUAACCUCGACGAUUUCUUCCCCAACAUUGACCUCGACGAACCUUACCUUGAGGCUCCAGGCAACUCUCCUCCCAGUUCUCCAGUCAACACAGUCAUGAAAGACAAGCCAGGGUCUUCGUUCCCGACGCCGCCGAAUAAUCCUCAUCAGGGAUCUGAUCAACAAGGGCCCAGCGAUCCAAACGCCAGAUACUCAGUCGCACAACGCAACAUCAACAAGGCAGGAGGGUUGACUCGUAUGAAGUCUAUACGUGAAGUUGCUAGAGGCGCACAACAAGUUCACAGAAACCGAAGUACUGCAGGCCCAACCAACAAAAAGUCGGGCGAUAUACUGCGAAGGAAGAGCACAAAGAUGUUCGGCGCAAAAAUCAUGCAAAUCAGUCCAAAGCCUGGAAGUCGUUUGAGCCAGUUGAAUAGUGUCCCUAAGCGGGAGCAGACAUUCCGUAUCAUUCGAGGUCAGCUUAUUGGAAAAGGUACAUAUGGUAGAGUGUACCUGGGCAUGAAUGCCGAUACGGGAGAGGUUCUUGCUGUGAAACAAGUUGAGGUCAACCCUAGAAUAGCUGGUCAGGACAAAGAUCGUGUGAAGGAAAUGGUUGCCGCCAUGGACCAAGAGAUCGAUACCAUGCAGCAUCUUGAGCAUCCGAAUAUCGUCCAGUAUCUUGGUUGUGAACGUGGUGAGCUGUCUAUUUCGAUCUAUCUAGAGUAUAUCUCUGGUGGCUCCAUCGGCAGCUGUUUACGCAAACAUGGCAAGUUCGAAGAGUCGGUUGUCAAGUCACUCACCCGACAGACUCUCAUGGGCCUGUCCUAUCUUCACGACCAAGGUAUCCUGCAUCGUGAUCUUAAAGCAGACAACAUUCUCCUCGAUUUAGAUGGCACAUGCAAAAUCUCAGAUUUUGGUAUAUCGAAGAAAACAGAUAACAUCUACGGCAAUGAUGCGUCUAACUCGAUGCAAGGAUCUGUGUUCUGGAUGGCCCCGGAAGUUGUGCAAUCUCAAGGCCAGGGAUACAGUGCCAAGGUGGAUAUCUGGUCGCUUGGAUGCGUGGUUUUGGAAAUGUUUGCCGGUCGUAGACCAUGGAGUAGGGAAGAAGCGAUUGGUGCUAUUUUCAAGUUGGGUAGUCUCAGUCAAGCACCGCCAAUCCCAGAAGAUGUGUCUGUGAAUAUCAGUCCUGCAGCAUUGGCUUUUAUGUACGACUGUUUUACAAUUGACACAUUUGAUCGUCCAACUGCUGACACCCUUCUCAACCAACAUCCUUUCUGUGCUCCAGAUCCGAAUUUCAACUUUGAAGAGACGGAGUUAUAUGCCAAGAUUCGUGAUGUGCUCUAGUACCUUUAUGAACCGGCUUUGAGUGUGCUGGAUAGUCGUUGCAACGCAUGUUUGACUUCGAAGGUCUAAUGCAUAUUGGCGACUUUGGUUUUGUAUUGACUUGCAUAGCGCAUGCUUAUCAGUAGAUAUACAGAAUACGAUUCCAGAGUAUCUUCAAGAUCGCCUAUAAUAAGUAUAUAUAAAGAAGUUAUAGUAGCAUAGGUAAGGCCCGAACCACCGAAAAGCCUCUUACGAUACAUCCGAGUCAUGGUCUUCGUCAUCUUCCUCAUUAUUGGGAGAACGCAAACCAGCAACGCCAACCCUGAAAACUCCUUCACUCCAUUCCUCGAAGGUAUCAACAUCCCACACAGCAUCCUGUCGACCUUUGCCCUUCACAUUGGCUGGUACGCCUUUACUUCUAGCCAACGAAGCUGUAUAACCUUCAUAAAAUUCCUCGUAAAUUUGUAUGACGCGGUCUUGCACUGCACCAACUAGAGUUUCUUUUGUGCGUGUAUCUUCCAGAUAGUCAUCCAGAGCUUUACGUAAUAGGGGUACUUCUUCCUCAAUGCUGCGGCAAGCAGGACUUAUUGCACCUCCAUCCGCCAUGUUUCCCUUUUCUAUGAAUUUUGUGGGUAAAGUCGAAGUCAUACGAGUAGCGAAAUUGUUGGUAAAGUCGUUGAUUACCGUCCGCAGUCUGCCGUCAAGUUCGACUUUCGCGUCGAGCAUAUUUUCGACGACUUUUGGUAAAAGACCACCGCCCACUAGGCGCAUAAGAUUGCUCGUGUUGAAGAGACCCCCACGUUCGCGAAUCUCCCAGAAAGUAUUCGUGACUC